AUGAUGGCGUGCGCCGAGCUGCUGGCCGUGUGCCUGCUGUCAGCCGACCGCGGCCCCGCGGCCCGCCACCAGCCGCUCCCCAUCUUCCACGACAUUUUCCGUCGAGCUGACAAGAACGAUGAUGGGAAGCUGUCAUUUGAGGAGUUCAAGAACUAUUUUGCUGAUGGGAUCCUGAGCUCGGAGGAGCUGUGGGAGUUGUUCAGUGGCAUUGACAGGCGUCAUUCAGAUAACGUGGACACAGAGAAAUUGUGUGAUUAUUUCUCAGCAUAUCUUGGAGAAUACAGGAAUGUGCUUUCUGCCCUGGAAGCCCUCAACACUGCGGUCCUGGCAGCCAUGGACAAAACCAAGCUGAGGUACGAGACCUCCUCGAAGAUGGAGCAGUUCCUGACCCGUUUCCUGCUGCGGGAAACUAUGCACCAGCUGCAGUCCCUGCAGGCCUCGCUUGAGUGUGCUGUGGACACCGUGGAGGAGCAGGCGGGACGGGAGAGAAAGGACAUAAAGAAAUCUGAGACCUCGGUUGGCCUGAGGUCAGGGAGACGAUGUGGGCGCAGAGGACAGAAGAAUGUCUGUCUGUCUCCGACGGACCCCUAUUCUGGGAUGCUAACGACAGGCGUUUGUGUCGAAGACAACAGCCAGUGGAUGGCACAGAUCAAUAGGCUCCAGCAGCUCAUCGAGAAACUAGAGUGCAAGAGCCCACGCCUGGAGCCACUGAAGGAGGAAGCAGUGUGCAAAGGAAGGGAUGCAGUAAGUCCCUGUCCUGCUGCUUGUUGUUUGCAGCACAUUCUGGUGGCAAAGAGGCAGAUCUCGGUGGCGAUGAGCAGCAUUGAGGAGUUUCGCCAGGCGUUCAGGUCCUACACAGAGGUCACCGCCGGGCAGAGCAGCUGCCUGCAUGUGUCUGCCUGCAAGCUGACAGAUGAGGCCUGCUUCAUCCUUUAUGAGUUCUGGCAGGACGUGACUUCGUGGAGAAGCCAUUUGCAGUCCAGCUGCAGCAAGACUUUCCAGCGGUCCAUCAUCAGCUUGCUGGAGUCCCCGGAGCUGCUGACCACCAUGCUCUUCCCAGCCUCCUGGUGGAUCAUGAACAACAACUGACCUGGGCAGCCGCUUCCAGGAUGCUGUCAGCAUGCAAAAGGAUGCAGAGCCCUUGUCACAGCUGUCACCUUCCCUUGUGUUCAUCACCUCCCUGUCCCUUGUCCCCUCCUGCGAGCUGGUGGGGGCUGUCUGCCCAUUGUCCCUGGUAGUGUUUUACCCUUUUGCUCUUUUCAUGUUAAUUUAUUUAUUCCCCCCGCCAGUCUCUGUGCUGCCCGGGGGGAGCGGGGCGCUCACAGCAGCACUCAUGGGAGCUGUGUUUGGGGGUGGCAGCCUAGCCCUUGGGGGAGCACUGGUCUGGUCGCUGUGUCCCAGCAGCCCUCAGCCCCUCUCGCACCUCGGCUCCUCUUUCUCCCCAUGCUCCUCUUCCUCCUUGCUCUGAGGACAGGCCAAGGCUCCACAGGGUCUUGGGACACAUGGCUCUGGCCAGCUGUGUCAUCCCUGUGCCCGGCCUGCCAGAGCCACCCUGGGCCAGCAGUGGCUCUGC